CUCCUACUAAAAUUUACCAAGACAUGACACGUUGCAGCUAGUCGAUAUGAAAGCCUGAGUGAUGUCUGACUACUGAAUGUCUUUUGAAGGGUCACCGCAGCUCUAAUAGAAUGUCCAAAUUAAAUCAAGAUCUUCACAAGUCGCCCUCAAAUGGACAUUCAUACUCGCGUACCUAUCAUAUUCAGGAACACUGAGUACUUUUACGAUCGAGUGUUUGUUUGCUAAUGGAAACAAAUUUGAUCUAAAAUUCAUAGAUACUUUGCCUACUUUAGUUCAACUUAUACAAUUUCAAGUAGUUUGUGUACAUAUUUUUUAAAAUGGCUGAUCCAUUAAGUUUGUUGCGUCAGUAUAAUGUUAGCAAAAAAGAAAUUAUCACAAAGAGCGACAAUGUUAUAUUUGGCGAAUUCUCCUGGCCCAAAACGGUUAAAACAAAUUACCAAGUUUAUGGUUCUGGCAAAGAUGGAGCAUCUAAAGAUUAUUACACCCUGGAGUGCUUGCUGUUCCUUCUUAAGCACAUUUCACUUAACCACCCUGCAUAUGUGCGCAUGGCUGCGGCUGAAAAUAUUCCUGUUGUACGUCGUCCUGACAGAAAAGAACUCCUGGCCUACCUCAACGGUGAAACAUCGACUGCCGCAGCUAUAGACAAAAGUGCACCUCUGGAAAUACCAACCCAGGUAAAGCGCACCAUAGAAGAGGCUUCUGAGAGCCUUGCAAAAAAGCCCCGUUAUGAUGAUGUUGCUGCCUCCCAAAGAUUCAAACAGCAUCUUGCCAUGCGUCUUGAUGCUCCCAAGAUCAAUUCCAUAGUCAGCAACAUAGACAGGUCACUGUCAGAGGCAAUGUCCAUUGAAAAAAUUGCAGCUAUCAAAGCCAAGCGCCUGGCAAUGAAGCGUCAGACAAUUAAGGAGGAUGACGACUUUGGUCUUGAUGUGGACUUUGGUAUAGAUGUCACCAAGGACAUCACAAGUAAAGAGCGAGUCUGGCGCCAACGCACCACCAUUCUUCAGAGUUCUGGCAAACAAUUUGGGCCUAGCAUCUUAGGCCUGCUGAAAAGCAUCAAGUUGCGUGAGGAGGGACGGCAGCGGCAGCAGCAGCAGCAGCCUGGCGUGGGCAGCCUUGCAGCAGGCCUCGGAGGCGGCAUUGCUGGCCAGCAGCAGCAAAACACGGGAUAUUCUCGAUACGCUCAGGAGAGGUUCAACCCUAAGGAAGAAACGGCCGGAUUUAAAAUCGACACGAUGAGCUCUUACCACGGCAUGUCCCUGAAGAGCGUGACGGAGGGCGGCAGUGAGGGACGCAAGGCUACAGCUGCCCAGCAGGGCGCCAUGCACCCGCCUCAGCAGGCGCUCAGAUCGUCUGGUAUUGUGAGCAACCCAACGGCGACGCCGCAGAGCGGAGCUGCCUCACCAGCACAGUCCCUGGCGCAACAGAAGCGACCGUCGCGCACUCCCAUCAUCAUCGUCCCGAACAGCAACACCUCACUCAUCACGAUGCUCAACUGCAAGGAUCUCCUGCAAGACAUGAAGUUUGUUCCAAACGAGGUGAAGCGGCAACAAGGCACAAAACGCGAGACCGAGAUCCUGAUCCAGCGAGGCAAGGAGGGAGGGCUGACGGUGCCAUACCGCGUCACCGACAAUCCUGGCAAGCUCACCAACGCGGAGUGGGACAGAGUCGUGGCAGUCUUCGCCAUGGGCCCGGCGUGGCAGUUCAAAGGCUGGCCGUAUGACGGCAACCCCGUUGAGAUAUUCAACCGCAUUUGUGCGUUCCACAUCAAGUUUGAUGAAACAAAGCUUGACGCGAACAUCGCUAAGUGGAGCGUUCACGUCAUAAGCCUGAGCCGCAUCAAGCGCCAUCUUGACCGCGCUGCCUUCCAGCAGUGCUGGGAGAAGCUUGACAGGUUUAUGAUGUUCAACAAGACGCACCUGCGCUGGUGAAGAACCUGCCCCUGGAUCCCGUUAAUGCAGGCCGAGUUCUGUUCGACGAUUGUGCUUGACGUUAAUAGAAAAAUUCAUUAAUAACUUCAUUUUUUCCAGCGUCAUCUUGGUGGUCAUUGAGUCUUUGAGUGACGCAGUGUGUAGCACAUUAUUUGAUGUGAAGUACAGGUAUUCUAAUGAGGUAUCCUUGAACUCAAAUCUUAGUGAGCGUAAAUGAUGAUAGAUUUGAUCCAAUUAUGUAUUAUGCCGUACAGAAAACUAGCUAUUAUUAUUAAUAAAGGUAUAAAACUUCAGAAUAUCUGGAUACUUAUCCGUGGUCAUGGGAAAAGUUUAUAAAAGGAUGAUGAAAUUGUUUUUUCUUUAUAUUGUGAGGACUGAGAGGAAUGCGCCUGAUGCUCUAACUAAGAUGGAGUAAAUACCCGUGCUAGUCUGAACUCCCGUCAUGACUUUGCGCGGCAGUUUACGCAGUACGAUUCUAUGCUUGUUUAAUGCUUAAGAUUAUACGUUACUCUAGAUAAAUUACGCAGAGAGUUGUAAUGUACUCAAACAUGACAUCAUUAUUCUAUUGCUUCAUUUAAUUUAGUGAUUUAGCGCUUAUCCUCGUGACUCGAACGCUACCGCCAAUGGCAUGCAAGGCCUUCAUAAUAAAUUAAAAUUUUUGUCUGUGGUAGGAAAUAGUGUCUGGCGUAUCGUGGUGCUGUGUUCCUGCAAAACUCUAUUUAAAAGUUUUCUAUAUAUUAUAUGCUGUACAAAAACAGGUAUAAAAAAAAAAUUAGAGUGUCGCGUGAGUUGCCGUGCGAACUACCACCAGCUGUUGGUGCCCAUAGCAUCCUGGGAACCACCACACGCUCGUACGUGUUUACGCCAGAUAUUGCGAUUAGGACUUGUAAUGUUUUCAUCAGUUUUCAACUGUGAGGCACUGAAUUUGGACACUAGGACUUCAGUCUUUAACAGUAUUGUCUCUUAAUGGGCAGAUGUAAUCAAGAAAUAACCUUUGAAUAACGAGACUUGCUAUUUUUCUGUUGAACUUCCUAAUGAGUUGCCUUAUGCUGCUCAUUAUAUCUUAGGCAAGUGGCGAAUUGUUUUGAUUUUUUCCUUUAUUGUGUGAUAAAGAUUUAUGCACACAGUCAUUGUAGAGGAUUCGACGCAUAAUGAAGGAAUUUGUAUUAUUGCGUAAAUGAAUAUUUGUAUUAUCUAGUACGUAUCGUUUGAGUGGCUGAGUAUUCUUGUCUGUUAUUGUAAAUUUCUUGCUUGUCUCAACGAGAAUACAAAUGAAAUGAGUGCAAGACCAUUCGUGAAUAUUUAUUUUUAAAUAUACUUAUUGAUUAUUGAUAUUCCGAAUAUAUCGAGUUCGUAUCGAAGAUGAGCUCAUCUGAUGCCUAAUACUCUCUACAGCUUCUUGUAUGGCCAUGUUUGUUCUUAGGUUUGUCUAAUUCAUUUUUUUUUACAGGAGAGUAACCGUGUACAUGUGUGUAAAUAAAGUAUUCUGCGAACUAAC